ACUUUCUGACAUUUGUUAUAUUAUAUAUAUCAUAGAUUCAUAGUCUUCUCAUCCAUAUUCUUACCACAUCCAUAUUAUUUUUCAUAAUCUUAGGCUAGUACCCAAUCUUAUUCUUACCUUCAUUUUCUUCUAUAUUCUCAUGGAUUUUGGAUCACCUUCUUCAUUCACUUACGAUGUUUUCAUCAGUUUCAGAGGCACUGAUACUCGUUUUGGUUUUACCGGCUAUCUCCACAAAGCUCUUUCUGAUAAAGGAAUCCGCACUUUCAUUGAUGACAAGAACCUUCAAAGAGGUGACGAAAUCACACCAUCACUUAUCAAAGCCAUUGAAGAGUCUAUGAUAUUCAUUCCUGUGUUCUCUAUCAACUAUGCUUCUUCUUCGUUUUGCCUUGACGAACUUGUCCACAUCAUUCAUUGCUUCAAGGAAAAGAAGGGUCGCAAAAUUUUGCCUGUUUUCUACAAUGUUGAUCCUUCUCACGUGCGGCAUCAGAAUGGAAGUUAUGGUGAAGCAUUGGCUAAGCAUGAAGAGUUGAUAAAAAAUAACAAGGAAACGUCCAUAUGUUACACAGAGAGGUUGAAGAAUUGGAAAAUGGCUCUUUACCAAACUGCUAACUUGGCUGGCCACCAUUUCAGUCAUGGGAAUGGAUAUGAAUAUGAAUUCAUUGGAAAGAUAGUUACAGAGGUGUCAAACAGGAUCAAUCGUGCUCCUUUACAUGUUGCAGAUCACCCCGUUGGAUUGGAGUCUCGAGUAUUAAAAGUGAAGUCACUUCUAGAUGUUGACUCAUCUAACGAUGAAGUCCGCAUGAUAGGAAUCUGUGGGAUUGGUGGCAUAGGUAAAACAACACUUGCUCGAGCCAUUUACAAUUUGAUUUCUUACCAAUUUGAAGUUUCGUGUUUUCUUCACAAUGUGAAAGAACAUUCAGCUAAACAUGGCCUAGAACAUGUCCAAGAGGAACUUCUUUCAAAAACAGUUGAAUUGAAUCAUAAGUUAGGAGAUGUUUCUGAGGGAAUUCCUAUCAUAAAACAAAUGCUACAAGAUAAGAAUGUUCUAUUGAUUCUCGAUGAUGUAGACGAACUGAAGCAGCUGCAGGUUCUGGCUGGAGGGCUUGACUGGUUCGGUCCUGACAGCAAAGUCAUCAUUACCACUCGAGACAAACAAUUGCUAACCAGUCAUGGGGUUGAAAUAACAUAUGAAGUAGAUGAGUUAAAUGUGGAUGAAGCUCUUGAAUUGUUGACGUGGAAGGCAUUUAAAAAUAACAAUGUUGAUUCAAGUUACAAGUACAUUUUACGACGUGCAGUAAGUUACGCUUCUGGCCUACCAUUAGCUUUAGAAGUAGUGGGUUCCAACUUGUUUGGAAUGGAUAUAGGAGAAUGGGAAUCUAUAUUAGAUCGGUAUGAAAGGAUCCCGAAUAAAGAGAUUCAAAAGAUACUUAAAGUAAGCUUUGAUUCUUUGGAAAAAGAUGAGCAGAGUGUCUUUCUCGACAUUGCUUGUUGCUUCAAUGGGUAUAAGAUGACAGAGAUCAAAGAUAUACUUCAUGCUCAUUACGGUCAUAACAUCAAAUAUCACAUUAGAGUGUUGGUUAACAAAUCUCUUAUACAGAUUAGUUGGCACGGGCAAAGUUAUAGUUGGACAGUACAUGACUUGAUAGAGCACAUGUGUAAAGAAAUUGUCCGACUAGAAUCUCCUGAAGAUCCUGGAGAACGCAGUAGGUUGUGGUCGGAAGAAGAUAUAGUUCAAGUUUUAGAAGAAAAUACGGGAACAAGUAGAAUUGAAAUUAUAUGUAUGGAUGACCUGUCGUUAGAUGUUAGAGACGUAAGAGUAGCAUGGAAGGGAGAUGCUUUCAAGAAGACAAAAAACCUCAAAACUUUGAUUAUUAAAAGUGGCAUCUUUUCCAAAGGUCCUAAACAUCUUCCAAAUAGUUUGAGAUUUCUAGAAUGGCACAGAUAUCCUUCACAGGAUAUACCAUCUGAUUUUUGUCCGAAGAAACUUUCUGUAUGUAAGCUACCUAGAAGUUUGCUUAAAUCAUUUGAGUCGCCUUCCUCAUUGAAGAGGUUCAUAAAUAUGAAGGAGUUAAAUUUGGACUACUGUGGAAGUCUAAAACGGAUACUUGAUGUAUCUGGUCUUCAAAAUUUAGAAAUAUUCUCAAUAAAAAAAUGUAUAAAUUUGAUUGAAAUCCACCAUUCUAUUGGUUUCCUGAGUAAACUUCAAAUCCUAGUUGCUGAAGGUUGCUGCAAGCUUAGGAGUUUUCCGUCCAUGAAGUUAACUUCUCUUUAUCAACUGGAUCUUUCAUCUUGUGCGAGUCUCAAGAGUUUUCCAGAAAUAUUAGAAGAGAUGGAAAAUAUAGCAUCACUUGUAUUGGUGGGAACUUCAAUAGAAGAGUUGCCAUUUUCAUUUCACAAUCUCACUGGGCUUCAUAGUUUACAAAUAGAGGCACGCGGAAUACUUAAGUUGACUAAUAGUAUUAUCAUGAUGCCAAAAUUGUUGUGGAUUACUAUUAAGGGAGGUCUAUUAUUGCCAAACCAGAAUGUUAAACUGAAUUCUAUGAUGUCUUCAAAUGUGCAAAAACUUCAGCUCAUAGAAUGCAACUUGUCCGAAGAAUCUCUUGCAAUGCUUCUCAUGUGGUUUACUAAUGUGAAAUAUUUAAAUCUGUCGGGGAGUAAUGUCACAAUUCUUCCAGAAUGCAUCAAAGAGUCUCACUUUUUAAGGCGGCUAUAUUUGGAUGAUUGCAAAUGGCUUCGAGAAAUUAGAGGCGUUCCACCAAAUUUGAAACAUUUAUCUGCAUUACGCUGCAAAUCAUUGACUUCCUCAUGCAGGAGCAUGCUACUAAAUAAGGAACUACAUGAGGCUGGAAAAACGAACUUUCGUAUGACAGGAAAAGAAAGUAUUCCAGAGUGGCUUGAGCACCGAAGCAUAGGACAGUCAAUUUCUUUCUGGUUUCGGAACAAGCUCCCUGCUGUUGUUGUCUUCUUUGUCAUUAAAUCGAUGCAUAAAAAGCACUCACUCAAUGAAUUUCUUUCAUUAAGACCCAACUUUUUCAUCAAUGGCUAUGAAUGUCAAUGUGGUCUUAGCCAUGGGAGUAAUAUCGGAGUAGAACUGGAAAAUACGUAUCUAUAUGAUCUUCAACUGGAGGACAUGAGAUUCAAUUCUAUACUACACAAUGCACUUAAAAAAAAUGAAUGGAUCCAUGUGGAGAUUAUGUGUGUGUCUUCAAAGAUGAUAUCACUCCUUACAGAAUUUGGAAUCCAUGUAUUAAAUCAGAAAAGUAGCAUGGAGGAUAUUCAAUUCAAAAAUCCUUGCAAAAAGAGAAAGUUAUUAUUGGAUGAUAAUGUCGAUGAUCAUUAUUCACAAUGAUCGUGAUGUUAUUUGACUAUGUUGGUUCAAACUGGUACCUUGGUCUACAAGUGAGUGAAAAUGUCACUUGAAGCUUGAUUUUCAAAAUUUGUGAUACUUCUUCUCAAUAAAAUUUCAUACAUUGCUUUAAAUUCUCACCCUGCAUAAAAGUUCCCUGCACUGUACAAAAUGAAAUGAAAAGGAAUAAGAAAUAUUAAAUGAUUAAUUUGAAUGAUUCUGAUUUUCCUGAAUGUAAUAUGAGAAUGUGUUACAACUUACAAGAGUUAUGUCAACCUUUAAUCAACUUCUCUUCUUUUUUUCAAAUUUCAACUUUAUCCACUUUUUACAAUAUGAAUGGUCUAGAUUACACAUUAUUCUCUCGAUUGUUUUUUACAAUUGAGAGAAUCCAUUCUCUGGAAGUUUCAAAAGUCUUUGGUCAAUGGAUCCUCUUAGGUGUUGCCAAUUUUAUCAGUUUCACUUCUUGACUUAUUUUGAGAGCCGACGAGAGACUCUCAUCCACAUUUUUAUACUUCUCACACCUUCAUUUCUUUUCUAUCCUCAUGGCUAUGUUCCAAUCAUAUUCCUCUUUCUCUUCCUUCUCUUAUGGAUUCACCUAUGACGUGUUCCUAAGUUUCAAAGGCACUGACACUCGCUAUGGUUUUACCGGAAAUCUCUACAAUGCUCUAUGUGACCGUGGAGUCCACACAUUCAUUGACAAUAGGGAGCUUCAUGGAGGUGAUGAAAUCACACCAACACUUGUCAAGGCCAUCGAAGAGACUAUAAUUUUCAUUCCAAUAUUCUCUAUCAAUUAUGCUUCUUCUUCAUUUUGUUUGGACGAACUUGUUCACAUCAUUCACUGCUUCAAGGCAAAGGGCUGCUUGGUUUUUCCAGUUUUCUAUGACAUGGAACCUUCUCACGUGCGACAUCAGAUUGAGAGUUAUGGUGAAGCAAUAGCUAAGCAUGAACAUAGGUUCCAAAAUAACCAAGAAAAGUACAACGAAAACAUGAAAAGGCUGAAUAAAUGGAAGAUAGCUCUUAACCAAGCAGCUAACUUGUCCGGAUACCAUUUCAAUCCUAGGUACCCGGCUUUACUCCUAUUAUGCCGGGUAGUAAUUUCAUCUCAAAGAUCAACGAGAAAAGAAAUGCUUAUUUAUUAUUGAACAAGUUUUAAUUAUUUGUAUGUAAAAAACGAACAAAUAUGAUUUGUAGUAAUAAUAACAAUAUAUAAUUAUCAAUACAUUGAUAUUAAUGUCA